AUGGCGGCCAUGGAGCUCAUCGUCGUCGUCCUCAACCACACCAACGAGGAGCUCAGCCUUGACGCUCAAUCCCCGCAGCUCGAGCAGGGCGAGUGGAUGACGGACUCGGCCGAGUCGCAACCGCCCCAGGAGAUCAGGGCUGGGGAGAGCGGAAUGUGGCGCUGCAAGGCCCGGCACGUGGGCGCGGGCAUCGCCGGCUCUGCCCAGUACCGCAUCGUCGGUUACGGUGCCAACGACCUCGUCACGCUCAACUGGGACGUGCCCGUCGUCGGCGCCAACAAGUUUGAGCACUCGUCCGAGACGGCCGAGUUUGGCGUCGAGGUCCUCGGCGGCAGCGGACGACAGGCCGUCGCCGUCUUCGUCUUCGGUGAGCGACGCCCGCCCUCCCCAUCUGCUUGCUCCGUCGACCCCCUCGCUUCUUCCACUUGCCCCGGCGCCGAAGCGAAAUGGCCCGUACGCUGA